AAAAAAAUCCGAGGGUUUGACAUUUUGCGAGAAAAAAAAACACCCGAGAGCUCUCUGUAGGCGAUUUCGAUGGCGAUUGAUUGCGAAUUCUUCUCGGAGCAAAUCGACGGCGGUUUCGACUGUUUUCCGGCGGAUUGGAUCAUCGAAGGGCGAAGCCCAAGCAGGUAUGAAUGGUGGGAGCUUGAAGACCGUAGCUUUUGCUCUGAGAAAUGGACCUACAAGGACGAUCAAAGGGAGCUUGAAGACCGUUCCUUUUCGUAUAGUUAUUGUAAACCACGAGUUAUAAGUUUUGGAAUGUAAUGUUUUGUCAUUUUUUUGUACACAACAAGUUAUAUGUGGUGGUUGUAAACUCUUAUCUUUUUUGUAAUCCACAAGUUAUAUGUGGUGGUUGUCAUUUACUCUUCUCUAUUUAUAGCUGUAAACGUCAACAUAGUUUACUCAUCAACCAAUAAAAAUACCCAUUUUCUCUGAAUAUUUUGUCCAUCUUCUCUAAAAAAAUUCCUCUCUUCUCUAAAAAAUAUGGCUUCAUCUUCCAACAAUGAUUCUGAUGAUUCAUUUGAUGAAGCGGUUGAUGAAGUUUGUGAACAAGCAUUUGAUAAUAUGUUUUACGCAAUGUUAGAUCAUCAAACCGCAACGACGCAGAAGAGGAAAAAACGUGCAUAUAUAGAACGAGAACGCGAGCAAGGCCACCACCGCCUAUGGAAUGACUAUUUCUCUGAAGGUUCAACAUAUCCGCCACAUGUUUUUCGACGUCGUUUCCGAAUGAACAAGGAAUUGUUCAUGCACAUUGUCGAUCGCCUAUCAAAUGAAAUUCCGUACUUUCAACAAAGAAGAAACGCUCAUGGAAGGUUUGGUCUAUCCGGACUACAAAAAUGUACGGCAGCAAUUCGUAUGAUGGCAUAUGGUUGUCCGGCUGAUGCAGUUGAUGAAUAUCUCCGUCUAGGUGCAAGUACUGCACUGUUAUGCUUGAAAAAUUUCACUGAAGGAAUAAUUCAAUUGUUCGGAGAUGAGUACCUAAGAAGACCCACGCCCGCAGAUCUUCAACGAUUACUCAACGAUGGAGAGAGACGGGGAUUUCCCGGGAUGAUGGGAAGCAUAGAUUGCAUGCAUUGGGAGUGGAAAAAUUGCCCUACCGCUUGGAAAGGGCAAUAUACACGAGGUUCUGGAAAACCGACAAUUGUCUUAGAGGCGGUAGCAUCACAAGAUCUUUGGAUAUGUCACGCUUUUUUUGGACCUCUAGGUACCCUAAACGAUAUUAACGUACUAGAACGUUCACCUGUAUUUGAUGACAUUUUACAAGGUCGAGCUCCUAAAGUUCAAUACUGGGUUAACGGACACAAGUAUAAGAUGGGAUACUACCUCACCGACGGUAUUUAUCCCAAAUGGGCAGCUUUUAUACCAACUAUUCCACUGCCUCAAGAUGAUAAAACAUCAUUAUUUGCCACUACCCAAGAAUCUACCCGAAAAGAUGUCGAGCGUGCUUUUGGAGUUCUACAAGCUCGUUUUGAAAUUGUAAGAAAUCCAGCUCUUUUCUGGGAUAAGGAAAAGAUUGGCAAUAUUAUGCGUGCAUCUAUCAUAUUGCAUAAUAUGAUAGUAGAAAAUGAACGGAAUGGGUACACUCAAUAUAACAUAGAAGAAUUCCAAUAAGGAGAGUCAAGCAGAACUUCACAAGUAGACAAUGAGUACUCUACAGAGACAUCGUCAAACAUCGGAAAUCUUAUCGGGAUACGAAAUCAAAUC